UGUGGAAAAAGUUUGGACACCCCUGACUUUGGAGUGGCAAGCUGGACUCUCAUGCGUGCACCUUGUGAGCUAACAGCGAGCUAGCAUGAAGUGCGUGCUCUGUCUCGGCGACCCGAGAGCGAGCAGGAAGUUGCAGCUCGCAGUGCCGCUCCACUCUGGUCUGAUCAAUGCAGCUUUCAUUCUCCUUCGCCGGGCCAAGAUGGACGUGGUACAAAAGGAGCGCUGGUACUUCAUGGCACUCAUCCUGCUCCUUUUCCUUCAAGGGGCGUGUCCGGGCGGCGUCCACAACAAGGAGACGGUCACCGUCCACCUCCAGGAAGGCAUGCUCCUCGACUGCUUGUGCCCCUGGGAUGGAAACCUCACCAUGGUGUCUUGGACCAAAGACCCGGACUCCAACUCCAUCGCUGUUUUCCACCCCGAGUACGGCGUGGCCACCACGUACCAUUACCGCAACCGCAUCGAGUUCUUGAGGACCACGCCGAUGGACGGAAGCAUCACCUUGAGGAACGUCACCCACCAGGAUAUCGGGGUUUAUCGCUGCUCCGUUCAGACCUUCCCACAGGGCACCUGGGCCACGAUCAUUCAGGUGGAGGACUUAGAUGAACCCCCCGAAGAAGACGACAACAACUCGGAGCUGACGGAUGCAGACGCUCAUCUGACAGCGGAGCCUGGCAACAACCUGACGGUGGAGUGCAGCCACGGGCACAACGGCACCGUUUUACAGGCGGUGGUGGAGCACAUGGCGCCGGGCCACCCGUGGGUUGUCGUCGGCAUAUGUAAGCGGGUGGAGGGCGGCACGCUGAGCGAGGACUACAGCGAGCGCGGUCAGAUCGCCUGCGAGGACAGCCUGGCCGUCAGCCUGCACUUGAUGGCCGUGGCGCAAGAGGACGGCGGCUUGUACCGCUGCAGCUUCAGCACCGACGCCGGCCUGAGGACCAGCACCGUCAUGGUCACAGUGCCCCCUACAGGAGGUUUCAGCCUGUCGGUGUACAUGACGUUUGUUUACUUGGGGACGGCAAUCGCUGGACUCGUUUUACUGAGCGUCCUCCUCAUCAUCCUGCUGAGGCGCAGGAAGAAGAGCAGGACAGAAGAGGCGAGGGACAAGCUCCACCCAUCCCACACGCAGGUGCGCGCGUCUCCAGAGAGAUGGCGGCGAUGGUGGGCGAGAGAGCUCACGUGCACACAAGUCUACUGAGACAACAAGGAGACAACAGUGAUGGACUUGGCAGCCAUCUUUGUAGUUCUUUCCCCCUCUUUUUCUCUCUGUCUCUCAUUUAUUCAGAGGAAACACUUUUCUGGGAGGUCAUGUGUUGCCUGAACGAAAUAAAAGUGAGUGAGACGA